CUCCUGAGCCCCUGGAAUCAAUAGUGAUGGGGAUAAAACCACCCAGAGCUUAACCUGGUCUCAUCACCAGGAAAGAGGACCACACCUUGAGGUCUCGGCGCUGGGAACGGAGCCAUUCCUGGAUGAAGUCCUGGGGGGUCCACGCUGUAGGCAGCACGCAGGAGGGGAAGGAUGAGUACAUAGCAGUAUCCAUCCCACCCACCUGGGCCAAACCUACACACACUUGGGGAGCAAGAAACCAGACCUGCUGCUUCUCUUUAGAUCAAUCCAAAGGGAACACCUUCAAGACACUUUACUGCCACCUGUAGGAGAACUGUUGUAAUAACCAUACAAAUCUCCCAACCUCUGACUGGCUUGGCCCAGUGCAAAGCUUGACCGGGAGCACUGCCCUUUCCCUCAGAUUCCUCAGACUCUCAGAGAGAGAGCCAGCAGGAAGUCUGAGAGACCCUAAGAACCGCAGGCCCUCAGCUAACCUUCUCCCCUCCGAGGAUGACAAGGGCAUUAUUCAUCUCCUUGUUCAGCUGCCUUGUUGCCAUAAACCAGGCCAGCCUCAUCAGCCGCUGUGACUUGGCCAAGCUGCUGCACCAGGAAGAUUUGGAUGGGUUUGAGGGCUACUCCGUGAGUGACUGGCUGUGCCUAGCUUUUGUGGAAAGCCAUUUCAAUAUGUCAAAGGUAAAUGAAUAUGCAGAUGGAAGCUCUGACUAUGGCAUCUUCCAGAUCAACAGCCACUACUGGUGCAACGAUUACCAGAGUCACUCGGAAAACACUUGCCACGUGGCAUGUCAAGAACUGCUGAGCCCCAAUCUUCUCGCAACCAUCCACUGUGCAAAAAAGAUUGUGUCCAGAGCAGGGGGGAUGAAGAACUGGGCAGAAUGGUCGAUACACUGUGCCGGCCGGCCACUCUCCUACUGGGUAACAGGAUGUCACAUGGGAUGAGGCAGGGUGCAGGCCUGCUGUGGAGUCAUUCUAAAACUCCUCUCCUCCCAUGGGGAUUCUGCCUCUUGCCUCCACUUCAUGUUAUUUUCUUCCCUUCCCAUUUACAAAUAAAACUAACCAGAGCCCCAGGAAUAAAUGGUUUUCUCGGGCUUACUCCUUGUUCCCAUCCAGGCCCAGGACCCUGGCUGCUGAUUGUCAUUUGUAAACCAA